AUGUCUCCUUCAGCAAUAGAGGUGUUACCUUCCGCCACGGUAAAGCCGUCCAAAGCCAACAUUGGUGUCUACACCAAUCCCGACCAUAAGCUGUGGGUUGGAGAGGCUGAACCAUCGCUGGAAAGUGUUCAGAAGGGUGAGGGGUUGAAUGCCGGCGAGGUGACCGUCGCGAUCAAGAGCACCGGUAUCUGUGGAUCAGAUGUUCACUUCUGGCAUGCUGGUUGCAUUGGUCCCAUGAUCGUCGAAGACACGCAUAUUCUCGGUCACGAAUCUGCAGGUGUUAUAUUAGCAGUUCAUCCUAGCGUAACGCACCUCAAAGUUGGUGAUCGUGUAGCCAUCGAACCAAACGUCAUCUGCAACGAAUGCGAGCCGUGCCUCACGGGAAGAUAUAAUGGUUGUGAGAAGGUCCAGUUCCUUUCCACCCCACCGGUUCCAGGACUCCUCCGCAGAUAUGUGAAUCACCCAGCUGUCUGGUGCCAUAAAAUUGGGGAUAUGUCCUUCGAAGAUGGGGCUUGUCUGGAACCUCUGAGUGUUGCUCUGGCUGGCAUGCAAAGAUCGGGAGUCAGGCUGGGGGAUCCAGUCUUGAUCUGCGGAGCUGGCCCCAUUGGUCUGAUUACACUACUCUGCUGCCAAGCUGCAGGAGCUUGUCCCAUUGUUAUCACCGACAUCGACGAAGGAAGGUUGGCAUUCGCAAAGGGUCUCGUUCCGUCCGUGAUUACACACAAGGUCGGGAGGGUGUCUCCAGAAGAAGCAGGCAAGGCUAUUGUGGAAGCUUUCGGAGGCAUUGAGCCAGCAGUUGCACUUGAGUGCACAGGCGUCGAGAGCAGUGUGUCAGCUGCCAUAUGGGCAGUCAAGUUCGGGGGCAAGGUGUUCGUGAUUGGGGUCGGCAAGAACGAGAUGAACAUCCCUUUCAUGAGGCUCAGUGUCCGCGAGAUCGAUCUGCAGUUCCAGUACCGCUACUGCAACACGUGGCCAAGAGCCAUCCGGCUCGUCCAGAGCGGGAUUAUCGACUUGAAGAAGCUCGUAACCCACCGCUUCGAUCUCGAGGAUGCCGUAAAAGCUUUCGAGACGGCUGCCAACCCGAAAACCGGAGCAAUCAAGCGCGGCUCUUCGCAAGUCUUCCCGGUGGCCGGCGAAAAUUGUAGCAAUCUCUCGCACGACUUCAUCACAACGACCAAUUGUUUACCUACCACCUCCCCCAGCAUCGAGAACCAUUCACGUUCGGGUCUUCUCGCGUGCAUAGAUUUGACCAUGUCGUUGCCAAUGUCUCGUGCCGUCGUACGGCAAUCCACCAAGUUCACCGGACGAGCGGCCCGCCGAUUUGAAUCGACCACAUCCAAAGCCGCCGACGCCGCGAAGCACACCGCCGCCAAGGCAUCACAGACAGCUUCGAACAUCCAGUCGAAAGCUUCAGAGGGUCUCUCAAAGGUCUCUUCUGCUGCUGGCCCGGCCCUUAGCAGUGCUGCUAAGGGCGUUACAAAUGCUCUCGGAAAGAUUGGUGGCAGGACUGGCAAGUUCAUUGCCUUCGUUGAGCGACAAAUCCCCCCUACUGUGUACUAUGCUCGUGUCGGAUUGGAGCUCUCCAAGCUCGUCUUCCACGGACAAAAGAUGACCCCUCCUUCUGUUUCGACCUUCCAAGCUUACUUCCAAAGAGUCAUUAAGGGCGUACGAAACCCCGGAUCGCUCUUCUCCUCGAACCCAAACCUCCUCCAACAAAUUAGAAACAUCGGGGCACCACAACUGGCUUCCGGGGCUGUUAUUGGAGCUGAACUUCUAGGUUUCUUCACUGUUGGCGAGAUUAUCGGCAGAUUCAAACUUGUUGGUUACCGAGGGGACACCGAAGCUCACCACUGA